CCUCCUAGGCGCCCUCGCCCCCCGUCGCUUUCCCGGGCUCUUCCUGGCCAUGUCUCCCGCCCGGCUCCGGCCCCGAUUGUGGUUCUGCCUGCUCCUGCUGCUGCUGCUGGUGCCGGCGGCGCGGGGCUGCGGGCCGGGCCGGGUGGUGGGUAGCCGCCGGCGGCCGCCGCGCAAACUCGUGCCGCUCGCUUACAAGCAGUUCAGCCCCAACGUGCCUGAGAAGACGCUGGGCGCCAGCGGGCGCUAUGAAGGCAAGAUCGCGCGCAGCUCGGAGCGCUUCAAGGAGCUCACUCCCAAUUACAACCCCGACAUCAUCUUCAAAGACGAGGAAAACACCGGCGCCGACCGCCUCAUGACCCAGCGCUGCAAGGACCGCCUGAAUUCACUGGCCAUCUCCGUGAUGAACCAGUGGCCUGGCGUGAAGCUGCGGGUGACAGAAGGCUGGGACGAGGAUGGCCAUCACUCGGAGGAGUCAUUGCAUUACGAGGGCCGCGCCGUGGACAUCACCACGUCGGACCGCGACCGCAAUAAGUACGGACUGCUUGCGCGCUUGGCGGUGGAGGCCGGCUUCGAUUGGGUGUAUUACGAAUCCAAGGCCCACGUGCAUUGCUCGGUCAAGUCCGAGCACUCAGCAGCUGCCAAAACCGGUGGCUGCUUCCCAGCUGGAGCACAAGUGCGCCUAGAGAGUGGGGCUCGUGUGGCCUUGUCUGCCGUGAGGCCCGGGGACCGGGUACUAGCCAUGGGGGAGGAUGGAAAUCCCACCUUCAGCGAUGUGCUCAUCUUCCUGGACCGUGAGCCAGACAGGCUGAGGGCCUUCCAGGUCAUCGAGACCCAGGACCCUCCACGGCGCCUGGAGCUCACCCCUGCGCAUCUGCUCUUCACUGCUGACAAUCACACAGAGACGGCAGCCCAAUUCCGGGCCACGUUUGCCAGCCACGUGCAACCUGGCCAGUACGUGCUGGUGGCCGGAGUGCCCGGCCUGCAGCCUGCCAAGGUGGCCUCCGUCUCCACACACGUGGCCCUCGGGGCUUAUGCCCCGCUCACGAGGCAUGGGACACUAGUGGUAGAAGACGUGGUGGCUUCCUGCUUCGCAGCUGUGGCAGACCACCGCUUGGCUCAGCUGGCCUUCUGGCCCCUGCGACUGUUCCACAGCUUGGCAUGGGGGAGCUGGACCUUGGGGGAGGGUGUGCACUGGUAUCCUCAGCUGCUCUACCGCCUGGGGCGCCUCCUGCUGGAAGAAGGCAGCUUCCACCCACUGGGCAUGUCCGGGGCUGGGAGUUGAAAGGACCCCAGUCCUCCACUCUGGAACUGCAGUGCUGGGUGCAAAGACCU